AUGGAGAAGUUUGUUUAUGAGUGGUUUCUCCAGCAUCAAGAACGUGUGAAUAUCACAGGAGAAUUAAUUUUGCAGAAGGAAACAGAUACAAUAAAACUCUUGUACCCUCAUGAUGAUUCAGAUUUUAACUUCUCUAUAGGAUGGCUUGGGAAAUUCAAGAACCGACAUGGCAUAAAGUCAUUUCGUCAUUUUGGCGAGAGUGGGUUUGUUGAUGUACAAGACAUGGAACAGAAAUUGGUAUCGAUUCGGGAGAAAAUUGAUCAGUUCCCUAUGAAAGAUGUUUUCAAUAUGGAUGAAAUUGGGUUGUUUUAUAGGCUACAAGCUGAUCAUUCACUGGAAACAAAACAACUUGAAGGAAGAAAACAAGAUAAAGAAAAGUUGACGGUAAUUAUUUGUUGCAAUGAAGAUGGCUCUGAAAAAAUCCCUCUAAGGAUUAUUGGAAAAUAUGCAAAGCCUCAUUGCUUCAAGAAUGUUAACAUGAAUAGCUUGGAUUGUCAGUAUCGAGCUAACAAAAAAGCAUGGAUGAUUAGUGUGCUUUUUGAUGAAUAUGUUCGUUCAUUUGACCAAAUGAUGCAUGGUAGAAGAGUUCUACUUGUGGUGGAUAAUUGUCUAGCACAUCCAAGAAAUAUUGAAGGGCUAAGAAACAUUGAUUUGUUCUUCUUGCCACCCAACAUGACAUCAAAGAUUCAACCUUGUGAUGAUGGGAUAAUAAGAGCUUUCAAGAUGCAUUACCGUAGAAGGUUUUACUGCAAAAUAUUGGAAGGUUAUAAGGUGGGACAAUCUGAUCCAGGGAAGAUAAAUGUCCUUGAUGCUAUCAAUUUGGCAAUCCCAGCUUGGAUGAUAGAUGUUCAAAAAGAAACAAUAGCGAAUUGCUUCCGACACUAUAAAAUUCGUUCACCUAGUGACGUUGCAAGAAAUUUGGAUGAAUCCACUUUUGAUGAAGAAACUCAAGACCUUGAGACUAUGAUCAAUCAAUGUGGCUAUCGUAAUAAGAUGGAUAUCGACAAUCUAAUGAACUACCCAGGUGAAAAUGAAGCAUGUUCGGAGGUUCAGAGUUUAGAAGCUAUUGUGGAUACUAUCAUUGAGAACAAUGCAGAGGAUGACGGCGAAGAUGAUACAGGGUCUUUGGAUCCUGUUACGCGAAAGGAAGCACUUAUGGCGUCGAACACUCUUCACAACUUUAUGAUACAAUACAAAAAUACAACACCUGAGCUAUUGGAUGUAAUAAGAAAAGUUAGAGAUGAGCUCCAAAUAGACUUGAACUUUAAAGAAAAACAGACAACUAUUGAAUCAUAUUUCAAUAGAGUGUAA